AGAAUGGCCCGUCGUUACGAUAGUAGAACGACCAUCUUCUCUCCGGAGGGAAGACUGUAUCAAGUCGAAUAUGCUAUGGAGGCUAUCAGCCAUGCUGGAACUUGCCUCGGCAUUCUCUCAUCGGAAGGAAUCGUCGUUGCUGCUGAGAGAAAGAACGUUCACAAGUUGCUGGAUGAUUCUGUCAUGACUGAAAAGGUCUACCGUCUUUCGGACAACAUCUCGUGCACUGUCGCUGGUAUCACCGCCGACGCGAACAUCCUCAUCAACCACUUGAGAUGGUGGGCUGCCAGCUAUCGUAACAGUUACGGAGAGGAAAUGCCAGUUGAGCAGCUCGUCCAGAAUCUUUGCAAUGAAAAGCAGAGAUACACGCAGAUUGGAGGAAAGAGACCGUUCGGAGUGUCACUUCUCUAUAUCGGAUGGGAUAAGCACUACGGAUAUCAACUUUACCAAUCUGAUCCUUCCGGAAACUACACUGGAUGGAAGGCAACCUGCAUCGGAAGCAACCACCAGGCUGCCGUAACCUUGUUGAAACAGGAGUACAAAUCCCCAAAUCUUGAAGAAGCAAAGCAGUUGGCUAUCAAGGUUCUCUGGAAGACUUUGGAUGUGAAGCUCGCUUCCGAGAAAGUUGAGAUGGCUGUUUUGACUCGUCGUGAUGGAAAGACUGUGCUCGAAGAGCUCACCACCAAGGAAGUCGAUGCUCUGAUUGCUGAGCACGAGAAGAAAGAAAAGGAAGCUGAGACUGCUGAGAAGAAGUAAUCUAUUGCCUUUGAAAUAAUCUUUCAAGACUGUAUUGUAAACCAUCCUCCCACCCGUUUAAUUUAUUGUCUGGUUUUAUUUCUUAUCACCCAUAUUCCUAUCUCAAACGUCGGUGAAAAUUAAAUAUUUGUAUUUUU